AUGAGCUAUUUUUCUACCAUCACACUUUCUAUUAUUGCUGUUUUGGUUGUUUUAGUUGUUAGUGAGAUUACUGUCAAUACACCAACUGGAACACUUUCUACGGGUGCUUUAGCUACAAUUACAUGGGUAGUUAAUGGCGUUGCACCGACGAUAGCGGGCACUUUAAAAAUACGUAAUAGAGCGACAAACGAAGAUACCACGAUAGAUGGUGCAUUAGAUCUCUCAAAAUUAAGUAAACAAUGGAAAGUCGAUGUUCAACCAGGACAGUAUUUAUUCGUUAUUAAUGAUGGUAGUGGUGAAAAAUUUUCCGGUUUCUUUAACGUGAUUAGCGGAGUCCCUAGCGGUGCUCCUAAUCCGCCUAAUAGUUCACCAGCAUCAGGUUCACGUCCUACAAAGCCUACAGGUUCAACUACCGGUUCAACUACCACGUUUGUAUAG